AUGUCAAGCUCGAACAUAUCUGGAAGUUUGCAAAAUAUGGAGAUCGGUGGUGGGGUAGAACCAUCUCCAUUUCCUGCAUCAACAAAACACGCUGCCGGUCUUGUCAAUGGACAGGAAACUGAUGUGUCGUCCGUUUACUUCUCAGACAAGAUCCUGAUCACAAUCUCGCAAGAAGGUCGGCUAUCGCAAUGGAUUCAAGUGCCUUUGUCCUCUGCUUCUCCGACCUCCUUCGAUACAGCAUUGCCAUCAGAUGACCAGGACACUCUUCCGCUCAGCCACUUAACGCCGAAGACUUUGCUUGGUGCAGGUGGAGACCAACGAGAAACUAUUGGCCAUCUCUACGCCAGCCAGAUUGCAAGCCUGAUUGCUACAAGAGAUCCGGAGGAUACGCGAACUGUUGUGGUUGGCUUCGGGCUUCCGAAAAUAGACAUGGAAAGGGACGCUUUCUUUGAUAUGCUGGAAUUGAUACAGAAAGUCAUAUGA